AUGGCGAAGAUGAUUUCCGAAAGGUUAAAUUUUGUUUACCGAAACCAACAAAAGCUUAGAGCGGAUGACUAUAUUCAUUUAAGGGAUGCUUUAAACCAAGACGCAAGGGUAAUUGCAGCUAAUAUCGGACAGCAUGUCAUCUUGCCGUCAUCAUUUACUGGGUCUCCAAGGUAUCUCCACGAAAAGACACAAGAUGCAAUGACAUACGUGCGCAAUUAUGGAAGGCCAGAUCUUUUCAUAACUUUCACCUGUAAUCCAGAUUGGCAAGAAAUAAAACAGGAACUUUUUCCCGGUCAACGGUCUUUCGACCGGCAUGACAUCAUAGCUCGAGUGUUUCACUUAAAAAUGAAGAAAAUGAUAAAAAUAUUAACAAAAGACGCGAUUUUUGGGCCGGUUAAAUGUUAUAUGCUUACUGUUGAGUGGCAAAAAAGAGGAUUGCCGCAUUGUCAUAUGUUGCUUUGGUUGAACUCAAAAGUACAACCCGAUGAAAUUGAUAAAAUAAUAGUUGCCGAACUACCUAAUAAAGACGAAGACCCAGUAUUAUUUGAGAUAGUCACAAAGAAUAUGGUACAUGAACCAUGUGGACAAGAAAAUUUGACUUCUCCGUGCAUGAAAAAUGGGAUAUGUACAAAAAAAUAUCCACGACGUUUCGUGACUGAAACCCAGACCGGUGAGGAUGGGUAUCCCGUUUAUCGACGACGCGAUAUCGACAACGGAGGGCAGAUUGCUGCAUUGAAUGUCCGAGGGCGUACGGUUAAUAUAGACAACAGAUGGAUCGUUCCAUAUUCCCCAAUACUAUGUCGAUCUUUUAAUGCUCAUAUUAAUGUUGAAUAUUGUCAUUCCGUACAAGCCAUAAAAUACAUAUGUAAAUACAUUAACAAAGGAUCGGAUCAAGCAACUUUCAGUGUCAGAAAUGCUCACGAUGAAGUUGAAAAUUAUUUGAACGGCCGGUACAUAAGUACAUCUGAAGCAGUGUGGAGGAUAUUAGAGUUUCCUAUACAUGACAGACACCCUACCGUAGUACACCUAGCAGUACACCUAGAGAAUGGACAACGAGUGUACUUCUCAGCGGAAAAUAUGCAAAAUAUAGCGCAAAAUCCACCAAAAACGACACUUACGGCGUUUUUUGACCUAUGCCACAGUGAUGGUUUUGCUAAAACACUACUCUAUCACGAAGUUCCUCAUUAUUAUACAUGGGCUAACAAUAAAUUUUCUAGAAGGAAACGUGGCCAAGAAGUAGUUGGACAUCCCGGUAUAAAAAAAGAUGCGGCACUGGGAAGAGUAUACAGCGUUCAUCCUUCCCAGUCAGAGUGUUUUUAUCUCAGGAUACUGCUUCAUCAUGUACGUGGCCCAACAUCGUUCCAAGAUUUAAAAACCGUUGACGGAGUUGUUAAAGAAACUUACCAAGCCGCUUGCCGAGAAAGGGGUUUGCUAGAAGAUGAUAACCAAUGGGAAACUACUUUGAGAGAAGCUUCGAUUUCUCAAUGUCCGUUAAGGCUGAGAGAGUUGUUUGUGGUAAUAUUAUUAUUUUGUUUUCCCUCGGAACCUCUCAAAUUAUGGGACACGUUUAAAGAUGAUUUGUGUGAAGACAUCAGACAUAUAGCCCAAGAACAAGGUUCCGAUUAUGAUGUAUAUAACAAAGGUUUGAUACAAAUCGAAAACAAACUUUUAGAAUUAAAUGACAAAAGUUUAAGAGACUUUGGAUUACCUUCUCCGAAUCGCUCACAAAAUGUAGUUGAUGCCAUACCGUGCCGUAUAUAUGAUGUUAACGAGUUGUCAGAAUUUGUCAAUUCAAAUGUACCCAAAUUAGUGGCAGAUCAAAAAAUUGCGUACGAUGCUAUAAUUGAAAGUGUGGAAAAUAACAGUGGUCAACUUUUUUUUUUGGACGCGCCCGGUGGCACGGGUAAAACCUUUCUUGCCAAUUUAGUAUUGUCAAAAGUACGAUUAUCCGGAAGAAAAGCACUGGCUGUGGCAUCGUCAGGAAUUGCUGCAACCCUAUUAUAUGAUGGGAAAACGGCUCACUCUACGUUUAAAUUACCGUUGACUGUUUCUUUAGAUCAACAGUCUGUAUGUUCAAUCCGUAAAAAUGGUCCACUGGGAAAGCUCUUACAGGACACGUCGCUGAUUAUUUGGGAUGAGUGCACCAUGAGCCAUAGAGCUCAUGUAGAAGCAGUGGACCGCACAUUAAAAGAUAUAAGAAACUCAUGCAAUAUGAUGGGUGGCGUAACUUUUGUUUUCGCUGGAGACUUUCGCCAAACUCUACCAGUUGUAACAAAAGGUACACGUGCCGACGUUAUUAAAGCGUGCCUUAAAUCAUCACCUUUGUGGCUAUCAAUUAAAACUCUCAAUUUGCGCACGAAUAUGAGAGCACAUUUAUGCAAUAACCGCGGUGGUAAUUUCUCAGAAAAUAUACUUAAAUUAGGAGACGGAAAAUUUACUACUCCAAUUGCAAACAGCUCCCAAGUACUUUUGGAUAUUGGAUUGGCCCAAACUGUUCACAGUCUAGAAAUUCUUAUAGACAAAAUCUAUCCCGACGUCAACAAUCUUACAACCGUAACUGAUUUUAAGUUCAUAAGCUCAGUUAUUUCAUUUCAAGCGCAUAGAGCACGUUACAAAGCUAUAGUUCUGAUUGAAAAAAAAACACAAUCUGAGCGCUUUGAUCUUACCGAGCUAUGA